GUUCGAACGAGUGAUUCAUUAUGAGUCUGAUUUAACAAAGCUCUUCACACUGAAUCUUUUUUUCUCUCUCUCAAAAUGAUCUGUUUAAACAAAUCAAUUUAGAAUGAGACUUGAGAACGCUGGCUCUCUAGGACCUGCUAGUGUUUGAUUUUAGUUUGCACUUGGGAGGAGAUAGGAGGAGAGAAGAGGAAAUGAGCUGUUCAGCUGAAAUUAAUAGUUUGUUAAAGACUUCUUUCAGAGGCCUACUCUAAAGAAACGUGAUCCGUGUAAUGUAAGCUGGUAAAUAAAGCACAGAGACGGUAAAACAGCAGAGCUAACUUGGAGUGGAUACCACAAGGGAAAAAACAAGGUAAAGCAAUGCUGUUACAAUGCUUAAUAUUACUUGCAUGAUAUCUUAUGUAACUGCUAAUCCUGUGAGGUCCCUUAAUCCACUUGUAUCUUCAUGCUGUUUUCAACUGUAAUUAUUCUGUUUCAUCAAUUAAAGGUUCCUCAAUCAGAGAUUCUAAUUCACAAUGAAGCCAGUGUUUUUCAGCGUGACCAUCCUGCUCAUUUCCUACUGUUUGAGUGACGAACACAUAUACACUUAUUUCGGUCUGGUCAUCUGCUUCAUGCUCUGGGCUAAAACGGUAUUCCAUGCAGAAAAUGGCCUGUCGGAUGUAUUUGGCCGGGCGGUGUUGAUUACAGGCUGUGACAGUGGAUUUGGACAUCACCUUGCAAAGAAACUGGACUGCAUGGGCUUCACAGUGUUUGCCGGAUGUUUAUGUCCUGAGGGUCCCGGGGCUCAGAGUCUUGUUGAAAAAGGCUCUGACCGUAUGAAGGUGCUCCAGCUGGAUGUAACCAAAGAUGAUGAUGUCAGCUUGGCCAAGGAUUUUGUGCAAGCAAAUUUGCCAGAGAAGGGCCUCUAUGCGGUGGUAAAUAAUGCUGGAAUCUGUGACUGGGGAGAGACUGAGUGGAGCACUGCCAUGGACUUCCAGAAGAUGGCUGACGUUAACCUGUUUGGUGCCAUCAGAGUCACCAUCCCAUUCUUGUCACUUGUCAGAGCAUCCAAAGGUCGUAUGUUAUAUGUGUCCAGUAUCUUUUCUUUCUUCAACUGUCUGAACAUGGGAGCUUACAGUGUUUCCAAACGGGGACUGGAAGCAUUCGCAGACUCCUUGAGAGUAGAGAUGGCCAGUUUUGGAGUUAAGGUCAGUAUUAUUCAACCUGGAAAUUUUGGCAUGGCCACAAACAUUCUGCCCAAGAAAACACCGCAAGAUAUAUGGGAUGAAUUUGACGAUGCACGUAAACUAACAUUCAACCAGAAAUACAUUGAGAUGGCAUGUGCAUAUUUUAAUGUAUUGUGUACUUCAGGAUUUAAGGAUUGUUCUAUGGUUAUCAAUGCCAUGAUACAUGCUCUCACUGCUCCCAAACCUCAAACCCGAUACCUGCUCGUAUCCUGGAGAGAUAUGUUUUUUUUCUACAUAUGUCCUUUUCUCCCUACUUGUAUCACAGAUUCUGUGUUUUCUGUAAGUUCCAUGUAUCACAAGCGUAAAGUAAUGCUUUACUCAUAAUUUGUUUAUUCAUAUAAGAAUAAGAGAGCUUUUUUUAUAACUCAAGCCCGAAGUGUUGCUGUAAGACUGCUGUACUUAACUCUAACAUAAAACAUUAAAAAAAUUUCCUGGACAGUUGUUCACAAAUAUACUGAAAUGUACUGAAACAUUCUUUAUUUCAAAGGUGUGUUAUGUACUCCUUUUUUCCUGAGUAGAAACAUAGUCUUUUUCACAGAUAAUUUUGCUGAAGACUAUGCUCUAGAAUUUAUCAUGGGCAACAUUAAAAGGACUUUAAAGGCUAA